AUGAACCCAGACGAAACUACACGGCUACUCCGUAAUGCGAACUCAUCUCCAGUUCCAGCUAUCCGACUAGAGUCUGGGCCAACAGCUUCUCGACUUCCAUCCAGACCACCACUUUUUUCUAUUCCUUCGUCGCAAUCUGUGCGCAGCUACAAAUCGUUGAACACCGUUAAUGAUCCCAUAGUUGAUUCCUACCUCAAUGCCAAUUCGAACAGCAAUAGCAAUAUAAACAACGCUGGCUAUGGAGCCAAUAACAGCGAUGACUCUUCGUCCAUUGCUCGGUUCAAUGUCUUCAAAAACGCCAGUUCCGACUUUGAUUUCAAAGCCUACGUCGCUUACUAUUUGCCGAUCCUUAAUUGGUUGCCCAACUACGAUGCCAAAAACAGUUUGCUUGGAGACACCCUUGCCGGACUCUCGUUGGCAUCUUUUCAGAUGCCUCUUGUAAUGUCUAUAGCUACCUCACUAGCCCAUUUACCGCCUGUGACUGGUCUCUACUCAAUAAUUGCAGGAGCCACGGUUUAUGCCAUUUUUGGCUGUGUUCCAGUUCUAGUCGUCGGACCAUCGCCGUCUUCAGCUAUUAUAUAUGGCCAGGUCAUAGAGCAGAUCCGCCAUGCUGGCCUCUUUGAGUCGUUUACUCAGUUAGAGUUGUCAUCUGCGAUGUCAUUUUCUCUAAGUGCUGUGCUUCUUGGAGCUGGGUUUCUUCGUUUUGGUUACUUAGAUAAUGUUCUUAGUAGAGCCCUUCUCAAGGGAUUCAUUGCUGCCAUGGGCUUUAUUAUGAUCAUAAAUGAGUUUAGCUCAGAGUUGGGCAUGCUCGAGUUAUCUAAGACUCAGCCUCAUCUCACCAACGUCGAUAAGGUCAUGUUUGUAGUUCGCAACUGGCGCAAAACACAUGUUCUUUCAGCUUGCAUUUCAGGUAUCACUCUCGCUAUUGUUCUUGCUGUAAGAUAUGUAAAGGGCAUUCUAGUCAGUAAACAUAAUUUUAAACUGGCUGUGUACUUUCCGGAACUAAUGUUGAUGGUCGUGAUCACAACUAUUCUUUGUCGGUACUAUCGUUGGGACUUGCAAGGAGUCGACAUCGUUGGUGAUAUUGCUAGCGGCUCUUCAGCAUCUUUACAUAUCAUCAAUCCUAUCGAUGUCAGCAAAUUGGCAUUGUACAAACAUACUUUCCACGCUGCAUUUUUGUGCACCAUAUUGGGCUACUUCGACUCCACCACUGCAACCAAAGCAUUGGGAGCAAAGUACAACUACAAUGUUUCAUCCAACCGUGAGUUGAUAGCCUUGGGUUCAACUAAUCUUGUUGUCAGUUUGGUUAGUGGUAUGCCUUCCUUUGGUGCCUUUGGAAGAUCCAAAAUCAAUUUGUUAGCUGGUGCAACUACACCUAUGGCAGGUCUCAUUAUGGCCGCAGUAACUUUAUUGACCAUUUCAUAUCUCUUGCCGCUUAUUCGCUUUCUUCCUGAGUGUGUAUUGGCAUUAACAACGACAAUAAUUGGUAUUACCGUUUUGCAAGAGGUCCCACACGAUCUUCAAUUCUUCUGGAACAUCCGAGGCUACGAUGAGCUCACAGUAUUUUUUCUCGUCAUGUUGACUACAGUAUUCUGGAGUGCUCAAGCGGGCUUGACACUAGGGGUAUUGGUUGCCAUCGCAAGAGUUAUAAAACACAGCAGCCGAUCGAGGAUACAAAUUAUGGGUAGAGUACCUAACACCAACGUAUUCAGAAAUGCUGAUACUUUGAUAGAAGAAAGCUUUGCGGCAUUUGACGAAUCUGUUGGAAGCACAGUGAAUUCACCGAAUAUUCCCGACUUCCACACCAGCAGUACCGAUAAGUAUUCUGCCCUUGUGGAUGAAAUUGAGCAGAUUGAAGGGGUUCUUCUCAUAAAAAUCCCUGAACCUUUGAACUUUGCUAAUGUCAGCAACUUGAAAAGCAAACUUAGUCGAAUCGAAAAAUACGGAACAUUGUUGGUGCAUCCCUCGCAACCCACAAGAAGAGACUUCAAUAACAAUACCAUCAAAUUCAUCAUCUUCGAUUGCAAGGGAAUGAACUCUAUCGACUCGUCUGCUACCCAAGUACUCUACGAAGUUGUGAGAAAGUAUACCCAAGAGGAUAAAAUUAAUGUGUGCUUCUCACGAGUUCCGGCAGAUGCAGUGGUGAGAGAUAAGUUUCGGAUGUCGGGGAUUACUGAGAUGAUUAAUGGCAGUUACCAUAGCUAUAGUGUGACUCGAAGCAACAAUUCCCUUACCAACAUGUCGCUGCUUGAAUUUUCGUAUCCUGUGUCUUUGUCAGGUAUGGGUGACGGAUUUUUUCUCAGUAUCGACCAGGCGCUCAAGUCGAUCGACUUACAAAAUGUAUAG